AUGGCCGAAUCCGCUCCGCCAGCGCCCAAAAGCCGCCUCGAGGUGGCUCUCUUCCUGGCCGCGAGCAAAGGCUACGACUCGAUCGUGCAACUGCUGCUAAGCACGCCGGGUGUGGACCUGGAUUGUCGUGACGAGAAUGGUCGCAGCGCGCUAUCCUGGGCCGCCGAGGGAGGCCACGAGAAGGUGGUAAGCCUGCUGCUGGGAAACGGAGUGGACGCCAACGCCCGCGACACGAAGUUCGGGCAGACACCGCUAGGAUGGGCCGUGAAGAACGAGCACGAGAACGUGAUGGUGGCGCUAUUAGCCAAGGGGGUCGAUAGUAAUGUGGCCGAUGCGAGCGGACAAACGCCGCUCUGCUACGCCGUGGAGAAGGGGGACCCGACGCUGGUGUUGUUACUGCUGAAGGCGGGCGCGGAUCCUGCGGUGAAAGGGGCGGAUGGACGGACGCCGUUAGCCUGGGCGGCGGAAAAAGGACAUGAAGAGAUCCUGCUCUUGCUGAUCAGCUCGGGUCGAGUGGGCGUGGACGAGCCAGACGAUGCCGGGUGUACGCCGUUAUGGUGGGCAGCGAGAAAUGGGAACAUGGGGAUUGUGCGACUCUUGCUGCGACAUGGCGCCGACAUGAAUUUGCAACCCCCGAUAAAUGCGGAGGCUGGGGGGAAGAGACCUGAUGGGACUCCAUUGUAUCAAGCCGGUCGGAAGGGACACGGCGACGUGGUGAAGUAUCUGAUCAAGAAGGGGGCCGACAUUAACGCGCCGUCGGGCCAGUUAGGGCUACCGCUGCUGCUGGCCCUGGUGAUGUACGAGCGAGGUAAACAUCGCAUGAAGAUGAUGCAGCUGCUCCUGCAGAAGGGAGCCGAUGUCAACGCCAAGGAUGCGUCUGGGCUGACGACGUUGCAUUUCGCUGCGAAGGAGAACGAUGUGGCGUUGGCGACGGUGUUCCUGCAAAUGGGGGCUCAGGUAGACGCAGAGACAAAGGACGACACGACUGCAUUACACAUCGCCGUACGGCUGGGUCACGAUCGCUUCGUCGAGCUCUUGCUGGCCAAUGACGCCGAUGUAGAAGCGCAAGACGAGUCCGGCGACACGCCGCUACAUCUCGCCGCUGCGAACGGAGAUCGAAACAUGCUGCAGCUUCUGUUAGAAAGUGCGACGGACAUCAACGUGACCAACCAUUCCGGGGAAACGCUGCUGCACAAGGCCGCCGAGAAUGGCCUUCGCAAGAUGGUCGACUUUCUGAUCCGGAAGGGCGCGGAUGUGAAUCCGCGAGAUGAUUACGGCAAAACACCUCUGCACAAGGCUGUCCGGGCCAAAAGCCAUGUCCUGCGGUUUCUCGUUAACAAAGGGGGAGACAUCUUUGCGCGCGACAUGUUUGGACAGACGGUGCUGCACAUGGCGGCCUCCGCCGGACUACGACAGGAUGUCCAUUUUCUUCUGGGACACGGAGCGGCCGCCGACGUGAAAGAUGAUAAUGGACAGACGGCGCGAGACUUGGCCGCAAAGGCAGGGGCCGCGGACGUCGAGCAGUUACUAGACGAGAUGAUGAGCUUGGUGGUGCCGGAAGAAAUCGUGGCCGAGGAGUAG